AUGGCGUCCAUCACGUCGGCUCCCACAUCGACUCUCCGUACAGCACAGGUCAACUCUCUGCUCUCAUUGCUCAACCUCAACACCUCGUCCUUCAACCACGCAUCCUCGUCCUCCUCCGCACCAGGUUCCAACUACAAUUCCCGGCCAGGAUCUGCAGCAGGUCAGAAUGAUGCUUCCGCCAACGCAGGUGGUGCAGAUCCAUCCAUCCCCUCCGGCCCACCGGUAUGGAAGGUCCUCGUGAUGGACAAGGUUUCAAAGGACAUAUUGGCCACAUCCUUGCGCGUCCAGGAUCUGCGCGAAAAUGGCGUCACGUUGCACAUGCAGCUGCAUUCGGAUCGACCGCCAUUGACAGAUGUGCCCGCUGUGUACUUUGUCUCGCCCACAUCUCAGAAUGUACAACGCAUCGCACAGGAUAUGAAGAAGAUGCUGUACGAAAGCUUCUACGUCAACUUCACCAGCACCGUACCGAAAGCGGUAAUGGAGGAGCUUGCGAAUCUGGUUGUAGCCGAUGGGACGGGCCAGCUGGUUCAGCAGGUGUACGAUCAGUACUUGAACUUUAUCGUUCUUGAACCGAACCUGUUUGAGCUGCUUCCUGAUGCUGCUGCGCCCUCGGCUGGCUCAGCUUCGACCAACGGCGCUAACGCAGCAGCAACACCGACCUCGUCGACGGACCGCACCCUGACCACGUACGAAAGGCUCAACGACCCGAAAUCCGGGCAGAAGGAUGUCGAGGACGCCACGGACCGCAUCGCCGCCGGCCUUCUCUCGACGCUUGCAACCAUGGGUGCGCUACCAAUCAUCCGAUCGCCUCGCGGAAAUGCCGCCGAGCUGGUAGCCAGGAAACUCGAGUCCAAAAUCCGCGAGCACAUCACCAGCUCUCGGGGCGGGUCCAACUUGUUCUCCGAAGCAGCGGGCAGCGGCGCUCAUUCCAGCUGGAGCUCCUCCCGUCCACUCCUCUUAGUUAUCGACCGCAACGUCGAUCUAGUACCCAUGCUCGCGCACAGCUGGACCUACCAAGCGCUCGUCCAGGAUGUGCUCGACUUGCAACUCAACCGCGUCACCGUCGUAUCCAGCGAGGGCGGCGUUUCGAGCAAGAAGACCUACGAUCUGGAUUCGAAGGACUUUUUCUGGUCCAAGAAUUCGGCAACUCCGUUCCCGCAGGUGGCGGAGGAUAUCGAUUUCGAGCUGAACAGGUACAAAUCCGACGCUGCCGAGAUCACGCGUUCCACGGGUAUCAGCAGUAUGGACGAAGUAGGUCAAUUGGAUGCAACCUCUAACGCCGCGCACCUGAAAGCAGCCAUCACGGCACUGCCGGAGUUGACGCAGAGGAAAUCGACCAUCGAUGCGCACAUGAACAUCGCCACGUCGUUGCUCCAAGGUAUCAAGAAUCGAGGAUUGGACACGCUGUUCCAACUGGAGGAGGCGAUUGCGAGGCAGAAGAAGGAGACAAUUCUGGAAACGGUCAAGGAUGCCAGUCUGCACGACGUGAACGACAAGUUGAGGUUGUUCAUCAUAUACUAUCUUUCGGCGCCGGACAGUGCGCUUUCGAAGGGCGACGUGGAGGAGUUUGAGAGGGUUUUGAAGGAGCAGGGUGCGGAUUUAGCGGCGUUGAACUACGUCAAGAAGGUGAGGGAGCUGACGCGGAUGACGAUGUUGGCGUCCGCGCCUGCGCAGGCUGCGCCGGUGGAGGGGGCUGGGUUCAGAGGAUUCAGUGGGUUGAGUUCGAGGUUGACGGAUCGACUGAAGGAUUCCGGCUUGGAGGGGUUGGUUCAAGGCGUGAAGAACUUUUUGCCUGCGCAGAAGGAUUUGACGGUGACGAGGUUGGUGGCGAGUCUGAUGGAUCCGGGCUCGGCGAAUGCAAAGGCGCUGGAGGAGACGGAUGAGUGGCUGUUCUUCGAUCCGAAGGCGGCGAGGAGUAGGACGGCAGGGGUUAGUGGGGGGGUCAAGGCGAGACAGAACUUUGCGGAGGCGGUGGUGUUUGUGGUGGGUGGAGGUGGGUAUGUUGAGUUUGCGAAUCUGCAGGAUUAUGCGAUGCGGACGGCGGUCGCUGUUGGAGCUCAAGCAGCAGGAGGUGGAGUAGGGGGAGGAGUUGGUGCUGGGCAGGGUGGGAAGAAGAUCACGUAUGGUGCGACGGAGAUCCUGAAGCCGAUCGAGUUUGUUCGAGCCUUGGCUCAUCUGGCUGGUGGAGACGUAGCGAAGGUUGGGACGGCGGCUACUGCAGGCGGCGCUGUUGGAGCCAAGUGA